CUCUCUCUCUCUCUCUCUCUCACCUUGCGUAUAUAAAAAAAAAAGGGGUUCGCAUAUAUUUGUUCUUCUUCAUCCUCGCCGCCGGCAUAUGGCCAAUUCGCCAACAACUUUGUUGCCAAAUCCUCCUCCAAAAUUGGUGGAUUUUUGUUGGUCACUUCUCGCUAGGGUUCCUCCAACCCCAACAUAAUUUAUUUAUAUUUAAGCCAAGGAGAGUUGUGAUCCGAAGAUUGGAUUCAUCCCAACGAUCUGCGGGGCGGGGCGGGGCGGGGACAAUGGGGAAAGGUUGGUUGAUGGUAGAAAAAGCGAGAAGAUGGUUAAGAACGCUCUUCUUCAUGGUUGCCAUGUUGGUUUCUCUUUUACUUUCGUCCUUGCAUAUUCUCGUAGCCAUCGGCGACGUCUUGGUUCCCACAUUUUUGCUUUCCAGUUUCACCUGUUUGACUUGCUACGGCUUUAAGGACCAUCUUUCUCGCUACGCUUUCAAGAGCUCUUUGACCGAUAUUCCUCUCGUCUCCCUCGUCAGAUCUUUCCUUGCCAUUUGUGUCUACUCUCUUUCUGAUGCUCCUGCGCUCUCUCACGGUCCUUACCUCGGAACUGUUUCCAUGUGUUCUGUCGUUUCAAUUAUUCUUCUCUCGGUUAAAGCUUGCGUCUUUACUGCUAAUUCUCAACUUAAUGCGGAAGCCUCCUCAUCUCCGUCACGGCAACGUCUCCAUCUCAACAAGUCUUGGGGGAUGCCCGUUUUGUUCCUUUCAUCUGUGGUCUUUUCUCUUGGCCAUAUGGUUGUCGCUUAUAGAACAAGUUGCAGAGCUAGAAGGAAACUCUUGUAUCACCGAGUUGACCCUGAAGCUGUUCUUUCUUGCAAAAGUGUCUUCUCUGGGGGUUACCAGAAAGUCCCACGUUCUCCCAUUCCUUUGGUAGGAAAGGCAUCAUCCAAGAUUGACGGACGAAAGCUGCCUCCUUCAACACCCCAUGACGAAGGAGAGCUCCCUGUCAGAUUGCUUGCUGAUCUUGACAGCUUAUUCAUUACAGUCAAAGGGCUCACUGUACAUUACAAGAUUUGCACCCCUGCUUCUCCUUCCCACUCUACCUCUUCAACUUUUUCUCUUGAAACCAAUUCUAUGCUCAAUGUACCAGAGGCAAUGGCUGGUCGGUUGAAGCUUGACAUGAAUAUAUUGAGUAUGGUCACGAGAAACAAGCUCAACCAUCACCAACAUAGGAGCUACAAUAGUUUGUUCAACAAUUCAACUUCCUUGCACGACCCUCUGCUCGAUGCUUCUACUACUUCUCCUCUUCUUUACAAAGAUAUUCCGGAAGAUGCCUGUCGAGAGGAUGACAUGAAUGUGUCUAGUUUUGGUGCCGCCGAGCUGCAAGAUGUGGAUGUAAGCGAUCAAUUCGGUGUUGUGUUGGUCCAUGGGUUUGGCGGAGGAGUGUUUUCUUGGAGACAUGUGAUGGGUUCUCUCGCCCAUCAGCUUGGCUGUGUUGUCACUGCAUUUGAUAGGCCUGGAUGGGGAUUAACAGCCAGAACUCAUAGAAAAGAUUUGGAAGACAGAGAGAUGCCAAAUCCUUACACUUUGGAGAAUCAGGUAGAUAUGCUUCUUGCUUUUUGCCAAGAAAUGGGAUUUACUUCCGUAGUCUUGGUUGGCCAUGAUGAUGGAGGUUUGCUUGCUCUCAAGGCCGCACAAAGAUUGCUAGAAUCAAAAGAUUCCAUGAAAGUUAAAGGAGUGAUUUUGCUUAAUGUAAGUUUGACUAGGGAAGUAGUUCCAGCUUUUGCAAGAAUACUUUUGCACACAUCACUAGGAAAGAAACACCUUGUUCGCCCGCUUUUACGCACUGAAAUAGCACAAGUGGUGAAUCGCCGAGCUUGGUAUGAUCCUGCUAAGAUGACAACAGACGUAUUAAGGCUAUACAAGGCACCACUUCAUGUGGAAGGCUGGGAUGAGGCACUUCACGAGAUAGGAAGACUCUCAUCCGAGAUGGUGCUUCCAACUCAAAAUGCAUUGUCACUUCUCAAGGCAGUGGAAAACUUACCAAUAUUAGUCGUUGCUGGAGCAGAAGACGCACUAGUUCCGCUCAAGUCCUCCCAAGUCAUGGCUUCAAAACUCGUAAACUCUAGGCUAGUAGCAAUCUCUGGAUGCGGGCAUCUGCCACAUGAGGAGUGUCCCAAGGCGCUUCUUGCUGCCAUGUCUCCAUUCAUUAGUAGACUUGUACUUAGAGAAGAGUGAGUGACUGAUUGAUCACUUUUUGUUGUCUUCUUAACUCACAAUCGAUUAGUGUUUGUGUUUUUUUUUGUCUGCCCUAACAGGAAAAAAGUUGGGGUGAUAUUUGUGUUUAUGAUGAUAAGCAGCAGAGUUAUUGUAAACUUCUCCGUCUUUAUUAUCUGAGUUUUAUUAUGGUUUGGAUUAUUCUAUUCAUAUUCCAAUUGAAA